UUUCAGCUUCUCUUCUGCUUUCCCUUUCAAACAAAAUUUAUUUUAUUAUUAAUAUGUCAAUUAAUGUACUACUUAAACCUUCCAAUUUCUGUUUCCUCCAGAGUUAUAAAGAUUUUCUAUUUUCGAAUUUCAGUUGACUUCGAUAUUUUUUAUUUUCAGAAAUUGAUUCUGUGAUUCGAUUUGUUGAUUGAUCCAUGUCGUCGGAUAUAAGCUAGUCUAGUCUCCCCACACAUACUCUACUCUGUUUUCGUCAAACAGUCGAUUAGUUAUUUUCGUCUUUUUCUUUAUUAAAUUUCAAAGAAUAAUUCCGUAUAAUUUGAUGGCGAAAUCGUCCUACACAGUUGACAAAACCUCCUUGUUGUUCGGAAAUUUGAUUGGUCUCUUACUAUUCGUUAGUUAUUGACUGAGGAGAAUUGUGAGUGAGUGAGUACGUUAGGGUUUCUAAAAAGUAGUUAGCGGUUGAGUGAGGUUGGUUGAGGAGAGGAGGGAUGGGUAGGGGUUGGCUUUUCCUGGCAACGGUAGGACCACCGAUAAAGCCGCGGGCCGGAUUGCGGAGAAAGCAAGCUGGAAGAGGCUCAUACAGAGGCAGCUAGGCUCAGCUUGAGGCUGAACACAAUCAACGAGACAGGGCCCAGGGGCGUUGUUUUUUAGUAUUUUCUUUUUCUUGUUUCGAGAGCUAAGUGAAGUGACAACUCCGUGUGUUUUUGUUUUUCACGAUUUCUGUUUUUCAUUGAGGAAAAAGAUGGAUACUGGUACUCCUGAGCUACACGGAGUACUGAAAAACCUCUGUUUCAAUACGGAAUGGAAGUACGCCGUCUUUUGGAAGCUCAAACAUCGGGCUCGCAUGGUGUUGACCUGGGAAGAUGGUUACUAUGACAAUUGUGAACAACUUGAUUCUUUAGGGAAUAAGCGUUCAGAUGACACACUUGAAAAUUUGCAUGGUGGGCAUUAUUCACAUGAUCCCCUUGGGUUGGCUGUGGCAAAAAUGUCUUAUCAUGUUUAUUCUUUGGGGGAAGGGAUUGUUGGGCAGGUAGCAGUUACUGGAAAGCAUCAGUGGAUCUUCGCAGAUCAACAUGUUACUAAUUCUUUCUCAUCUAUUGAGGUUUGGUAGUUAUUAUGCAAUAGUAU